CUUGGAAAGAUUUUAUCCACACCGGUGCUCCACUUCAAAACCACCACCCUUAUCAAUUAAAGAUGCCGGGCCCCGUCGUCGAAGAAAUUGAAUCCGAGAAGAAGGUCGAGGAUGAGACGGUGGUCGAGGGUGUCGUUGAGGAUGUUAAGGAGGAAGACGACCACAACGACGACGACGCCGACGCCGAUUCCGACGACGACGAUGAUGAUGACAAGGAAGACGGUGCCCAAGGUGGGAGUGAGAGUUCAAAGCAAAGUAGGAGUGAGAAGAAGAGUCGAAAGGCGAUGUUGAAGUUGGGGAUGAAACCGGUUCUUGGUGUUAGCAGGGUCACCAUUAAAAGAGCCAAGAAUAUCAUGUUUUUCAUCUCAAAACCGGAUGUAUUCAAGAGCCCCAACUCGGAAACUUAUGUCAUAUUUGGGGAGGCAAAGAUUGAGGAUUUGAGUUCACAAUUGCAGACUCAAGCUGCCCAACAGUUCAGAAUGCCGGAUAUGGGGUCUGUUAUGGGAAAAUCCGACAUUUCCGCUGCGGCUGCGGCUGCACAGGCGGAUGAAGAGGAGGAGGAGGUGGAUGAGACUGGGGUCGAACCACGUGACAUCGAUCUGGUGAUGACUCAAGCGGGUGUGUCGAGGCCUAAGGCGGUCAAGGCUCUCAAGACUCACAAUGGGGACAUUGUGAGUGCAAUUAUGGAGCUUACUACUUAGGUAGAAUUUCUUAAUUUGUGUUUUUGAAGAUGAGUUUUGAGAUUUAUCAUAUCCCCAUUUGACUAUGGUGGUGCACUCUCAUUUGGAGAAUAUAUUAAACUUUUCUAGCUGCUUCACCUGAAUUAAUUCCAUAAGGAUCAUGAUUUUUGCAAUGCUUUUUUG